GGAAACUUCAUUUUGAACACUGACUGGCAUGGUAUUGUCCCCUAUUUCGAUGCAACCCAGCGCGUUGGCGGCGGUACUGCUUGUGGUGGCCGCGACCACCGAAGUGGACGCACUAGUCAACAAGUGCCAUCAACGCCAUCCUAACCGCACGGGUGUCGUCACGUCGCCCUUACCGCACCAGUACGUGACCGACUUGCCCAAGAAUUUUGACUGGCGCAAUGUCAAUGGCACCAACUACGUCACUGUCUCGCGCAACCAGCACGUCCCCCAUUACUGCGGGUCCUGCUGGGCGUUUGCGGCAACGUCGUCCUUGAGCGAUCGCCUACGCAUCUACCGCGAACGCAACCCAGGCAAACACAGUCGUGUGGAAGUGACACGAGAAAUCAACAUUUCCCCCCAAGUCCUUUUGAACUGCGAGCUUGAGAGCCAGGGAUGCCACGGCGGCGAUGGCCUCAGCGCGUACCGCUACAUUCAUGACCACGGCAUUCCCGAGGAAGGCUGCCAACGCUACCUGGCGACCGGCCACGACGUGGGGAACACUUGCACCCCCAUCGACAUUUGCCGCAACUGCGACCCGUCCAAAGGCUGCUUUCCCCAAAAGACGUUCGACAAGUACUUUGUGUCCGAAUUUGGUGAAGUGAAAGGAGAGAACGAGCUCAAGGCCGAGAUCUUUGCACGCGGACCCAUCGUGUGUGGGGUGGCCGUGUCCAAGGAAUUUUUGGAUUACUCCGGCGGCAUCAUUGACGACAAGACAGGCGCCACGGACAUUGACCACGACAUUUCGAUCGUCGGGUGGGGCGAAGACGAGCACGGGACGCCGUACUGGGUCGGACGCAACAGCUGGGGCACGUACUGGGGUGAAGACGGGUGGUUCCGCCUCCGCCGUGGCAACAACAACCUGGGCGUCGAAUCCGACUGUCAAUUUGGCGUGCCCUCCAACGACGGAUGGCCCAGCGUCACACCUGAGUCUGAUUCUGAGUCUUCUGAGUCUGCCGCGAUGGUCCACGCCCCUGUGUGGUCGGCCUUCAAAAGCCCCGCCGACGCCGACUCGACUCGCAUGUGUCGCGCAGCGGCCGUCCAUUUCCCCAAGGGCGAGAAGAUCCUGACCGCGCUGCCCCACGAGACGCUCGACGCGAGUGCGCUGCCCAAGGCGUGGGACUGGCGCGACAUCAACGGCGUCAACUACGUCACAUGGGACAAGAACCAGCACAUUCCGCAGUACUGCGGCAGUUGCUGGGCCCAGGGCACGACCAGUGCCUUGUCGGAUCGCAUUUCGAUCAUGCGAAAUGGUACGAACCAACCAAACCAUCAUCCUCCAUCUUGUUUUCAUGGGGACAUGCCGCGUAGCCACGUGGCCCGAGAUCGCAUUGUCCCCACAAGUGGUCAUCAAUUGCCACGGCGGCGGGUCCUGCCAAGGCGGCAACCCCGGCGCCGUCUACGAGUUUGCACAUGAUAGGGGGAUCCCCGACCAAACCUGCCAGGCGUACCAAGCCAAGGACGACACAUGCUCAGCCCUCAACAUUUGCGAAACGUGCUGGCCGUCGAACUCGUCGUUCACACCUGGUGAGUGCCGCGUCGUGCCGACGUUCACGAGCUACUACGUGUCCGAGUACGGCCACGUGCGCGGCGCCGACCACAUCAAGGCGGAAAUCUACAAGCGCGGCCCCGUCGGCUGUGGUAUGCAUGUGACCGACAAAUUUGAGGCGUACGCGGGUGGCAUAUACUCGGAGAAUGUGCUGUUUCCUAUCCCCAACCAUGAGAUUUCGGUCGCCGGAUGGGGGUUUGACGAAGAGACGCAGACCGAGUACUGGAUCGGACGAAACUCGUGGGGCACGUACUGGGGCGAGAACGGCUGGUUCCGCAUUCAGAUGCACCACCACAACCUUGGUAUCGAGAACGACUGUGACUGGGGCGUGCCGAUUCCAGACGGGUCCAAGCCCCCUUUGACCAACUAACCCAAACAGAUGUCGUUCUACCAUUUUGGUUAAUUGAACUAAGUACAUCGUAAUGCAGUCACGAUGCCUGCGAUUCAAGCGAAAUAUAGUCAACUAUAGUGUCUCUGACGCAAGAAUGAAGUUACAA